AUGCGAAAGAGGUGGUCAAACAGGUGGAUCAGCACUCUCAUGUGGUUAGCUUACUUGGGUGCCGACUCGGUCGCUAUCUAUGCCUUUGGACUCAUUGCCAAAGCCCAAAUCAAUGGUGGUACUUCUGACUUCGAGGUCGAGGCAUAUGGUGACCUUUUCGCAUUUUGGGCUCCAUUUCUUCUGCUACACCUUGGAGGACCAGACACCAUAACCGCUUUCGCGCUCGAGGACAAUGAGCUGUGGCAUAGGCACUUGCUUAAUCUCUUAUUCCAACUAGGCACUGCAUGCUAUGUGUUUUACCAAUCCCUCCCCAGUAACAAGCUAAUUGUCCCAACCAUCCUCGUGUUUAUUGGAGGAACCAUAAAAUAUAUAGAGCGAACACGUGCUCUGUAUCUUGCAAGCUUCAGUAAAUUCCGUGGUUCCCUGCUUUCGUCUGUUGAAGUUAUUCGGGAUAGCGAUGCUGCAAUAAAGAUGAUGCCGGGGACAAAUGAUGAAUCCCGAGAUGUUGGAGAGCAAAAGAAAACCGAUUCGGACGACGGAGUAGUGAUAAUAGUCGCGUCUUUUUACUUCACAACCUUCAAGGGCCUCCUUGUGGAACUCCCCUUCGGCUUCUUUCAAAUGAACUAUAGCAAUGCAUUUUUCCGGAGGAUAACCGCAAAGGAUGCUUUUCGGGUCAUUGAGGCUGAGCUCAACUUCUUUUAUGAUGUUCUUUAUACCAAGGCCGCCGUGGUUCACUGUACAACCGGGUACCUUUUCCGAGCUAUCUCAGUUGGCUCUGUCGUUACUGCUUUUGCACUUUUCCAUGUCCUGAACAAGCAUGGUUUUCACGAAUAUGAUAUAUGGAUUACAUACACCUUGCUCCUUGGAGCUGUGGGCCUGGAAUUUGUAGCUCUUAGUAUGCUCAUUUGCUCUGACUGGACAAUUGCAAAAAUAGGGGCGUCUGAGAAACAUGGUAAAAGUUUGUUUAGAAAAAGCAUCUUCAUUAAGUUCCUCCAUAAAUUCAAAUCCGAAAGCUCACCAUUCGCAUUGGAUAUACUACAUGCUAGGUGGUCUAGAUCAAUCUCCCAGUACAAUUUGAUAGAUUCUCGGCUGAGUAGGUGGCCAAAAUGGAUUGAGAAACUCCUUGGUCUCAUUUCUCUGGGCGAAUUGUUUGAAGACUUGAAGCCUAGACGAGUAGCACAAUACAGUGAAAAAUUAGGUGAUCUGAUUCUUGAUCAACUGACACGGAAGAAUAUAAUUGGCCUUGAUUUACCAAGCGUGAAAAAGUUAUGUGCUGCUCGAGGUAAAUGGGCUCUGGAGAAUUUUGAAACAGAGCAAUAUUCCAAAAACUUGCUUCCAUUCGUCUGUGAUUUUGAUUAUGAUGCGAGCCUUUUGCUGUGGCAUGUUGCCACCGAGCUUUGUUACAAUACUGACACUGAUGAAAGUACCAGCUCCAACACUGAAGAAAGUAGGAAUAAUCGUGAAAACAGUAAGAUCUUGUCAGAUUAUAUGCUUCAUCUUAUGAUCAAACAACCUGAUAUGAUGUCUGCGGUGGCUGGGUUUGGCGAAAUAAGGUUCCGAUGCACUUGUGCUGCGAUGGACAAUUUCAUCAGCGAAAAUAUCUCUGAUGGGAGCAAAACGAACAAAACGAAGGAAACUGCGUGCAAAAAUCUCCUCUUUUUUGUUGGUCCAGAAGCGAAACCAGAUCCAGGGAAAGUACCGACUAUCAGUUCUGUGCUUUUUGAUGCACGUAUCCUCGCUAAACGAUUGCUGGAAAUUGACGGGAAAGACAGGUGGAGGAUCAUGAGUGAAGUAUGGGUGGAAUUACUGGAGUAUGCUGCAGUUCAUUGUCGACCGUGCGCACAUUCUCAACAACUUAUUAAAGGAGGAGAACUUGUCACCUUGGUUUGGUUAUUGAUGGCACAGCUUGGCCUCUAUCAAAAUUUGGGAUCAGUUGACCUCCGAGCUGCCGGGUCGGCAAAGGAUGAGGCUCCCACCCGCAGAUUUCAUUGA